ACUUUCAAUCAUUCUGUACAGACUGUACUGUCAUUAAAGUCUGCAAGAUACAAUAUGCCUUAGGCAAAACACCUAGAGAAAUAUCAUACAAAAAUGGCUGAAAAAGAACAUAAAGAACAAAAGAUAGGCAGCCAGUUGCCAGGGGAGUCUAUUAAGGUCAUUGCUGAGUCUGUGGGCAUUAGUGGUAUCCCUGAUGAUGCUGCCAGUGUUUUAGCUGAGGACAGUAGUUACAGACUAAAGCAGAUAGUACAGGAAGCUGUAAAAUUUAUGCAUCAUGGGAAGCGACACAGAUUAUCAACAGCUGACAUAGAUCAUGCCCUGAGGGCCCAGAACAUUGAGCCUCUAUAUGGUUUCCAAACUGGAGAUAGCAUUCCCUUCAGAUUUGCUAGUGGUGGAGGGAGGGAGCUGCAUUUUGUAGAAGAAAAGGAGUUUGAUCUCCAAGAAAUUGUUAACUCCACAUUACCAAAAAUACCCAUUGACAUUGCAUUAAAAGCUCACUGGCUGUGUAUAGAAGGAGUUCAGCCCUCAAUCCCUGAGAACCCACCCCCGGCUUCCAAGGACCAACAACAGAAAGAGAUAUUGGACACCACCGUAAAGACAGUGAUUGAAAAACAACCCAAGGUUGCUCCCAUCCCAGAACCACACAAAAUCAAACACAAACACAAAGGAAUCACUGACCUUGCAAAGGUCAAGGAUCUGUCCAAUCAUGAACUCUCUGUGGAGCAGCAGCUGUACUACAAGGAGAUCACCGAGGCCUGUGUGGGACCAGAUGAGGCCCGCAGAUCUGAAGCCUUACAGAGUUUGGCCAGUGAUCCUGGUCUCCAUCAGAUGUUGCCCAGAUUCAGUACUUUUAUUUCUGAGGGGGUGAAGAUCAAUGUCGUGCAGAAUAACUUAGCCCUACUGAUUUACCUGAUGAGAAUGGUCAAAUCCAUCAUGGAUAAUCAGACACUUUACCUGGAGAAAUAUCUACAUGAGUUCAUCCCGGCUGUGUGUACGUGUAUUGUCAGUAAACAGCUGUGUAUGAGGCCUGAAGUGGACAACCACUGGGCUCUCAGAGACUUUGCUGCUCGACUCAUGGGACAAAUGUGCAAGAAUUUCAGUACCAGCACUAAUAACAUUCAGGCUAGGAUCACUAAGACCUUCACCCAGGCCAUACAGAGUGAAAAAGCAGCACUAGCCACACAAUACGGGGCCAUUGCUGGGCUCGGAGAAAUGGGGUCAGAGGUCAUCAAAUCAUUUCUUCUGCCACAUGUUAAAGAUAUUGGUGAAAAGGUUAAAAUUGUUUUGGAGGGUCCUAUCUUAAACUCAGCAGACAAAAUAGCAGCAGAAAAUAUUAAAAAAUCAUUGGCGAAAUAUCUUUCCCCGGUGCUCAAGGCUCUGAAGGGUCCUUCUGCCUCCAUUGAGGACUACACAGCAGAAUUUGGCUCCCUGGGAAGCAUGCUUCACACCGCGGUGGGAAGAGAGAGAAAGUCAUCCGGCAACCAGGGCAAUCAGUUGGCCAAGAUUGCGGCAGGCACACCCACCCAGGAGAGGUCAAGGCCAACAGUUACCAUCCCAACGCCUCGGUCCCAGUUUGUCAUUCAACAAUCUUCAUCCAUUGGAAAUAUGCCAGGGACACCAAAACAGGCCCAAGGUGGCAUACGUACCCCAGGCACUCCCUCCAUCAUCCAAGGUGGUCAACCCAAAACUCCCAGCACUCCGGGGCAGCAGAAGUUCAUCGUCAUGACCUCACAAGCCAGACCCAGUAACAAUGGACAAUCAGACAAACCUCUCUCCAUGAGUUCAGGGACACCCACUGUGGUCAAGGUCAUGUCGGGCAACCCUCAAGGUCAAAUACCAACAGCAGUGCCGCGGACACCCACUACACCUAAAAUUGUGGUGAUGUCGAUGACCCAGGGGAAUUCCUCCCUCCCCGGACAGGCUGGGGGUAACAGUCAGGACCUGGGCAUGAGGAGUGUGUUCAGUGAACAGAUAAAUAACAUUAAAAAAGAAAAUGAAAAUAGCUAAGAGUAAACAUAACAAAAAUAGCAAGAUAUUUUUAUUAAAAUGAAAUAAAUGUAUCAUAUGAAUGAUCUGACAGAGGAGGAUGAACUAUGUGGGAAUGUAGAGCACUUCAUUUGUGGAUGCUAAGGGACAUAAAGUCAAAUUAGCCAGGAUUAUAAUGACAUGAAUGAAAAUGAAAUCUGCCAGGCGUUCUGUGACAAAAAUAACGUGAAACUAGACUGAAGGCAGCAUUAAAGUUAAAUGAAUGCUGUUUUUUUUUUUAAGAAAUUGAAAGCAACUAGUGGUUGAAACUAUGUUCAAUGAACAGUUGCUUGAUAAUAAAAGGUAAAACAAGA